AUGGGCUUCCUCCGCAAAAUUGGAUCGUCGAAAUCUCUACGGGAGAAGGCGUCCAAGGACGCUUAUCGACCUCCGACGCCUCCUCCCCAGCUCCCACCUCUUCCGGACCACAUCCGGAGGUCAGAGAGCAAGUCUACUCACCAGUCCAACAACACUCAGCAGAGGGCCCAGCGCCGUAGGAGUCGCUCCCUCUGGGGCACCUCUGAGGAGGCAAAAGUUGCUCGCACGGGCCUGCAGCGUCGGGACUCGUUCUGUGGUUCGACGUUCACGACGGAUAGCAGCCCAUCCUCGCAGCCGUGGAGGAGUCGCGAUGCCUGGCUGGCACUGCACACGCCGUCGACGCCGACAAUUGUGAAUGAGUUGACUUUCCCUUGCUCUCUGGAUCCUCCGACGCCAGGGUGGCGUGGUCGCGGAGGGGGUGGCUUUUUCGCAGGCACCGAGGCCAUGACGGAUGCCGACAAGAUCAAGUCGGCUCGUGGUGACGACGGCGACUCGAUCUUCUCAUUACCGCCGCGGUCACGAUCGCGUGCGGCAACGUUGGCCUCGAGGGACUCUCCGACGCCAUCGCGAUCGAAACUGGCAUACCCGACGCCCCCGCUAGACUCUGGCGUCGACGACUCACCAAUGUCACCUACCAUGAUGCCCAAGACAGGGUUGCGUCGUCCAAGCCACAAUGGGAGCCAGAUUGAGUCUUUGCCGCCUGUCUCGGCUCUUCCUCCACCUCGCGCGGUUUCGCCCGUCCCAACUCUCCCCCCGACGCCAACGACGCCGCGUGCGCCUGCGCGUUCCAACUCUGUCACCACGACCGCCCGCGACUCGACGUCGUCUGGCGACCACGGCAGCCAGUCUCCGGUGACUCCCCAGCAGUCGACCCAGCUUCUGCAGGCUCCGCCGUCAAACUUCCUCCCGUCCGAGGCCAAGGUGCCCUGGGGCCAGGCCAGCCGAUCAGCCUCGCCUAUUCUGUUCCGCAACGACUCUACCUCGACCACGCACUCUUCGCGUCUGUCUGCGCGAUCUUCGACCCACAGCAGCCGUGCCCGCAUCGUUUACUCGCCAAAGCCGCCGUCCAGGGCUCUUCCCGCGACUCCGCCUGAUAGUGACUCCGGACACAGCAAUGAAGAGCACGGUCUGCCGUACGACCAGCCGCAACAGCAACAGCCGCACAACGCAGUCGAUAUUACGGACGAGGCCGGAGGCGAGGUUAUCGACUUUACGCGCCCGCGAUCUCCCGCCGCCGAGCAAGCGCAGGGGCCGUCGUCAGACGACCUGCGGCGGUCCCUGUCCUCGUCCCGAGGACGCAGGAGUAGCAUUCAAUCGUCCUACGAGACCCACGAGAGCUUCAACAGCGUAGGCUCCGGGGCGUUCUACACGCCUCCACCCGCUGCCGCGCAGGGCUUCUUCGCGCCGCCACUACCCGUCCCCGCCGGCGCUGCGCCGGCCUCGUGA